CUGUUUUAAACCAUAGUGAAAGCAAUGCUUAGAGUGACGCCAAUGGCAAUGACCUCUCUACUCUCCCACAUCAGCUCUGUUUCUCUCCCUCUCCCUCUCAAACCCCCCUCCUCCUCUCUUUUCCCUCAUUCUGCAAAACCCACAAAACCCACCCUCUUCCUGAGACCCUUCUCUAUCUCCUGUUCUUCUUCCUCCUCAGACCCUCCUGCACACAGCUUCAAUGGAGAUAUUGGGCCUUACUUGUCCUGUUCCAUGCCCCAUAAGCGCCUUAAAGUUGCCGUCUUGCUUAGCGGCGGUGUCGAUAGCAGUGUCGCCCUCCGUCUCCUCCACGCCGCCGGUCACUCCUGCACCGCCUUCUACCUCAAAAUUUGGUUUCAAGAAGGCUUUGAGAACUUUUGGUCAGAAUGCCCGUGGGAAGAAGAUUUGGAUUAUGCAAAAGCUGUCUGUAAUCAGGUUGAUGUCCCACUAGAAGUCGUGCAUUUGACAGAUGAAUAUUGGAAAAAUGUGGUGUCCUACAUUAUUGAAGAGUAUCGAUGUGGCCGAACUCCUAACCCAGACGUUCUUUGCAAUACAAGAAUAAAAUUUGGUGUAUUCAUGGAUGCCAUCGGCAGUAUGGAGUUUGACUAUGUUGGAAGUGGACAUUAUGCAAAAGUUGUCCACCCAUCUGCAGAUCAAAUGGAUAAGGAUUCUACUUUGGAACUAUCAGAAGACAUGGUGAAGGAUCAGACAUACUUCCUUUCACAUCUUUCUCAGGACCAGCUUAAGAGAUUAAUAUUUCCACUUGGUUGUCUGUCAAAGGAUAAAGUUCGUAAGCUUGCCACGAAGUUUGAUCUGCCUAACAAAGAGAGAAAGGAUUCACAAGGAAUUUGCUUUCUUGGUAAGAUAAGGUUCAGUGACUUUAUUGGAAGACACAUAGGGGAGAAGGAAGGUGUAAUAUUGGAAGCAGAGACAGGAGAUCUCCUUGGAAAACAUCAAGGCUUUUGGUUCUAUACAAUCGGUCAACGUCAAGGUCUGCGGCUCCCAGGAGGACCCUGGUAUGUUGUUGAGAAGGAUGUAAAAAACAAUGUGGUUUUUGUUUCAAGAAAUUACUUUUCAGUUGACAAAAGAAGGCGCCUGUUCCGUGUGGGAUCCUUGAAAUGGCUACAGGGGUUGCCCUCAGACCAGAUCAGUCAGCUACAGUGCAAGGUCAGACAUGGGCCUCGGUUUUGCGAUUGUACCUUAACAAUUGAACAUGGUGAAGAUGGCAAUGAAGAUGUGGCAGUCGUCAACUUAUCUGAAGAUGAUCAAGGCCUGGCAGCGGGGCAAUUUGCGGCUUUCUACCAGGGAAGAACCUGCUUAGGCUCCGGAGUAAUUUUGGAAUCUUGGGAUGAUCAAGGUUUUCCUGUAUGUACAAAAGCUCUUGAAAAUGCUAGGAUGGAAGACAAAUCUCUUCUUGGGAAACCGGUUAAGAUCAAAGUAAAACCAGAGGCUCUUGUAACGGAGUCUUGUCAAAUAGAUGGUCUGGAACUUCAUGGAGGAUCGAAAACUUCAGGAAUUUCUGCUGCCAAAAAACACAUGCAUGUAUCUCCUGGAAAAACAAUCCACAGAUACCCAUUACAUUGGCUGCCAAAGUUUUGGAAGAAAUGGUUGCAAAUAUUUUAGCUCAGACUAGCGCAGACAACAUGAAGAAGCAUAAUAGCACAAGGCCAGGAAAGAUUAUACAGUGAGAGUUGGAGAUAUCAUUUUUAUCUUUCAUGGAUAGAAGUAUUGAGUUGUAAUAGUAAUAUUCUGUAAGGUCGUCUUACUUUCAAGGGUUGAUAACUACAUUUGUAUCAUAGAAUGUGUUGCAUUUGCGGUAAUUAGGAAGUGCAACUAUUGAUAAAUAUUACAGAGGACAGAGGUCACUCAAGUGUCACCCGUUUAUUUUCCAGUGACACUUUAGUUACCGAAUUUUAAAUAAAAUGUUACUUUAGUCAUUUA